AUGAAGCGAGGGGAGAGCGCUGUGGCGUGGGUGUACGCCGUGCUGAGUGCAGGCUUCUUCGCGGCAUGCGGCUGGGCGCAGGUGAACGACCCGGACCCGGAACGCUGGGUCACCUUCUACGUCGUGUGCGGCAGCGUGACGGCGCUGGUGUGGGCAGCAACCGCCGCCGAAGCAACGGGGAGCACCGCCGCCGCCCUCGGCAGGCUCCUCUCGCUCGCAAGCCUAGUGCUGUCAAGCAUGGUCACGGCGGUGUUGGCCAACGACGUGCUGCUAGUACUGGAGAAGGACGAGGACGGCGCGGUUGCACGGCUGCCACCUCUGCUCACCGCAACUGGGCUCGCGCAGUGGUUCUGGCACGUGCUGGAGCUGGAGGAGGGCCGCGAGGUCAUUGGCGUGCUGCUCCUCGUCAUCCACAACCUCCUCCUCGUGUUCACCUCGCAGGCGGCUGCCGCCAGUGCUGGCGCCCCAGCACAGAGCCAGGCCAAGAAGAGCAAGGCCAAGCGACAAUUGAAGAAGAAGCCUGCGUGGUCGUGGGCACAGGUGCUCGGUAUCCUGGCCAUGCUGGCACUGCUCGGCGUCGCCGUGUACGCCUGGGUCGAGUACCAGCCGCUCAUGAACUCGCGCUACAACACGCCCCACUGCAACGGCGCCUUUGACCACCCUUUUGCCCACAACAAUGACGCCAAUCAACACUAA